AAAAUGUUUGUUUAUAUUUUAUGUGCAGUAAAAAGAAGAUCAGCCGGAAACUGGAUAAACAUGUACUGCACCAAAUUGUCCGAUAGCCAAUAUAAGUGCAACUUAUGCGCCGUAGUUCUGACACUGCAACAGGGACAUUACGGCAAUAUGAGGCGUCACUACAAAUUUAAGCAUCCUUAUAUAUUUUAUACGGAAUCUGAGAAUUCAAAGACAAUGUGGAAAAUGAAAAGAAACCCUAAAAUUUCUACAGCAGAGACAAAUAAAGUCAAAGUGGAAAAGGGUGAUUCUAGAACUAGACUACCAAAAAGUGAUUUGCCUCACGUCACAAAGAAAAGAAGGAGCGCUAUGUGGAAAUAUUUCAUCGAUUUGGAGAAAGGCUUCGUUCGUUGCAAAAUUUGCAAUAUGAAAUUGAGAGACAGACACUACGUUGUUGCCCUACAUUUGAACAGACGACACCCGAAGACUUUCUCUGAUCUAGGCGACUUCAAUAUAAUGCCAUUUCGACAAAGAAGCAAUUUUCUUUGGAACUUUUUUAUUGACGAAGGAAACAAAUUUGUUCGCUGUUUGCUGUGUGAUAUUACCAUGCGUAAGAAUAUGGCUAAACAUCUACAGACUAAGCAUCCAGACAACUUUGAACAGGCAGUAAGCCUCCACAGAGAACAAAUCACUAAGUACUGUGCACCGCGACUUGCUGUCGGCAGGAGAACCUGGGUGAAAAAAUAUUGCACUAAAAUAGCGGAUAAACAAUAUCAAUGCAACCAGUGUAAGAAAAUUCUAAAAAUGCCUAAUGGUUUUUACGGUAAUAUGAGGCGCCACAUCAGAAUUAAGCACUCAAAAAUUUAUGACGAAGAGAGUAAAACUACUAUUGCAAAAUCGGAUACCGUAGUGGAAGAAAAAAUAAUAGAUCUAGUAGAACUUGAUAACAAUUCUAAUGCAUUGGGCCUAAAGGAUCCUUUAGCUGAUUUUGAUUUAGGCAGUCCUGCGAUAUCUGAAACAGAAAUUGCCGCAAAUUUCCUUGAGAACGACAAUUUGACAAACAAUCCAUACUCCGAAAUUGAUUUGGGUGCAAUAACUGAUUUACCUACUUUAGAACCAAGUUGCCAAGUAGAUAAUUACGACAAAUCCUAUUUCCUUUUGGUAGAAGACGGGCAAUUUAAAUGCAUAGAAUGCGAAGAAACAGUAAAUUGCCCUGCUGUCGACGAACAAGAGGCUCUUUUUACUCACAUAAGAGACAAACAUCCAGAAGAAAUAAUGACUUUACAAGCCACCUCUACUGAAAACGAUGACGAAUAUCAAGUGGUCGUGUUAGGCAAUAUAGACAAUUAAAUUAUAAACCUUAAAUAAUAAAUAUGACGGCCUUUAUGAUAUCAAUUUAAACGCCGACGAAAGCUUUUUUCUGUAUUUUAUUUUUAAUCUCAUGUCAAAUACCCUAUUAUAAGUUAAUAGGGUAUUUGACAUUUUUUUAUGAGUGGUAUCAGUCGAUCAGGUUUGUUUUGAGGAUCAAAUGUCUGUAUGGGACCCAUAAUGAUGGUCAAAGUCUGGCACCCGCAUUUUACUGACGAAACGUUCCUAACAAAAUUGCAAUACAUCGUGACGUCACCAUGUAACGUCGCUAUUGCUUAGAAGCCAUUUCGAUGUACGGAAAACAAGGAUAUUGCGAUUUUAUCGGUGAGAUAUUGCAUUUAUGUAUAUUGUGGCCAUACAAUAUUUUUUUAAAUAAAAUGUAAGGAAAAA